AUGCAGCCCGGAGCGAUUAGCAAGAAGGGGGAGGGCGCCACUUCGCGCGGCUCUGACGAGGAGAGAAGGAAAGGAGAGGAAGACCGAAGUAGCCAUGGAGCCAGAAGUAUGCUCUCAACCGCUUCUCAGGCUCGGAGCUGUCAAAGUGACAGCACUGCGUCUGCGUUUGCCAGCUUAUCUGGUCUGAGCAAUGGAGAGCUCUUCAGGAGGUUGACGAUGUCGAGAGGUUCCUCAAGCUUGUCCAGAAACUCCAGACGCUCUUAUCCUGCCUCUCUCCCCAUCUCCUGUAAAUCUUCUCGCCCCGACACCGCAAGUUCCACCUUCAGCGCGAGCGAUGACUUCGACGACGCUGAGCUUGAGCUUUGGUUACGCAUGAAGCAACUCAAGAGGUUUGCGAUUGGACUCAAGAGUGUUGGAGUGGAACAUCUAGAUGAUGUCGCAAAGCUGACGACGGUUGAUCUUGGGGACCUUGGAACCAGGAACGUCAGAGAUCUCAGCAUCAAUCGCCUCGUGCGCAGGCGGGAGGUCUACCAUCCUGAGAGUCGGGCGGGGGAUGUAGCAGCGAGAGAGCAGAGUACCCCUCAGAUCUUGGAGCUGGAGGCAGACGAGAUGUCGAGGCCGGGGACUCGCUUCAUCCCGCAAAGACAUGGUCUCUGUCCCCGACUGCGCCUCCCACGCGCAAGAAUCGCAGAGCCAAAGCAGAGGACUGAGCGAACGGCUCCACCGUUGCUGCGCAAAGAUCAGCUCACGUAUCGAAGUCAGGAGGAGCCGCGGUCUCAGCCUCAGGGGCCCAGUGCCUCCAGCAGAUCCCGCAGGCUGCAGAAGUUGAAGGACAUGAAGGACGCCAAGGUGAACAAGGAGAUUCGAGAUUGGGCCAAGAGAUGCGAAAGAGCUCUACAGUGA